AUGAUUCCUCGCCUUGGCAUUUGUAGAACGGGUAUUGAAAGAUGUAUUAAACCAUGUGCUUCUGGGUAUCAUAAAAAUGUCAUAGACCAUUAUGAAAACCCUCGUAACGUGGGUUCACUUGACAAGAAAGAUAAAUCUGUUGGUACUGGUCUUGUUGGUGCACCGGCUUGUGGAGAUGUUAUGAAACUUCAAAUAAAGGUAGAUGAAAAUGGAAAAAUAAUCGAUGCAAAGUUCAAAACGUUUGGUUGUGGAUCAGCUAUCGCAUCUAGCUCACUGGCAACUGAAUGGGUGAAAGGUAAAACAAUUGAAGAAGCUGAGAAGAUAAAAAACAGUGAUAUAGCGAAAGAGUUGAAACUCCCACCUGUCAAGUUACAUUGUUCGAUGCUUGCUGAGGAUGCUAUCAAAGCUGCGAUCAAAGAUUAUCAGAAAAAGUCAGAGUGA